UUUCACUCUCGAGGUCUCCUAACCGGAGGGGUGAUGCUACUAGCCGCAGUGAUCUCCUUCUACUCGGCCUGUCAAAGCGGCCCAGGGGCCGCGAUUAGCUUCCUGCUCUGCGACAGCUGCACGCCUGGCUUACUGGGGCUGACCGAGGGGCUCGGAGACCUUCAGCCGCGCGGGGCCGGGGGAUGAGCAGUCAGAAAUCACCUGGGCUUUGGCCCGCGUCUGCUCCCCAGUGACAGCCAUCCGCCCUAUUCGCUCCUGGUUAGCUCCAGCCCCAGGGGUUCGAGGGAUUGGACAUGGGUGAAGGAAGGGACGAAGCAGGAUUUGGGAGUCCUGGUUUUAAGUUCAGAGUAGAUGGAGAAAAGGCCGCGUAAAAGACCUCUCCAAAAAAGCCUCGUGGCUGUCCCUUUCCCCCCAACACACCGCUUGACAUCUGAAGAAGUAUUUGAUAUGGAUGGGAUACCUAGAGUUGAUGUUCUGAAGAACCACUUAGUGAAAGAAGGUCGGGUAGAUGAAGAGAUUGCACUUAGAAUUAUCAAUGAGGGUGCUGCCAUCCUUCGGAGAGAGAAAACCAUGAUAGAAGUAGAGGCUCCAAUAACAGUGUGUGGUGACAUCCAUGGCCAAUUUUUUGAUCUGAUGAAACUUUUUGAAGUAGGAGGAUCACCUGCUAAUACACGAUACCUUUUUCUUGGUGAUUAUGUGGACAGAGGUUAUUUUAGUAUAGAGUGUGUCUUAUAUUUAUGGGUCCUGAAGAUUCUAUACCCAAGCACAUUAUUUCUUCUGAGAGGCAAUCAUGAAUGCAGACACCUUACGGAAUAUUUUACCUUUAAACAGGAAUGUAAAAUUAAAUAUUCAGAAAGAGUCUAUGAAGCUUGUAUGGAAGCUUUUGAUAGCCUGCCUCUUGCUGCACUUUUGAACCAACAAUUUCUUUGUGUUCAUGGUGGACUUUCACCAGAAAUCCACACACUCGAUGAUAUUAGGAGAUUAGAUAGAUUCAAAGAGCCACCUGCAUUUGGACCAAUGUGUGACUUGUUAUGGUCCGAUCCUUCUGAAGAUUUUGGAAAUGAAAAAUCACAGGAACAUUUUAGUCACAAUACAGUUCGAGGAUGUUCUUAUUUUUAUAACUACCCAGCAGUGUGUGAAUUUUUGCAAAACAAUAAUUUGUUAUCGAUUAUUAGAGCUCAUGAAGCUCAAGAUGCAGGCUAUAGAAUGUACAGAAAAAGUCAAACUACAGGGUUCCCUUCAUUAAUAACAAUUUUUUCGGCACCUAAUUACUUAGAUGUCUACAAUAAUAAAGCUGCUGUACUAAAGUAUGAAAAUAAUGUGAUGAAUAUUCGACAAUUUAACUGUUCUCCACAUCCUUACUGGUUGCCCAAUUUUAUGGACGUCUUCACAUGGUCUUUACCAUUUGUUGGAGAAAAAGUGACAGAAAUGUUGGUAAAUGUUCUAAGUAUUUGCUCUGAUGAUGAACUGAUGACUGAAGGUGAAGACCAGUUUGAUGAACGGCUCAUAUAUGGCAAUAAAAAAGUAGGUUCAGCUGCAGCCCGGAAAGAAAUCAUAAGAAACAAAAUUCGAGCAAUUGGCAAGAUGGCAAGGGUCUUCUCUGUUCUCAGGGAGGAAAGUGAAAGUGUGCUGACACUCAAGGGCCUGACUCCCACAGGGAUGUUGCCUAGUGGAGUGUUGGCUGGAGGACGGCAGACCCUGCAAAGUGCCACAGUUGAGGCUAUUGAGGCUGAAAAAGCAAUACGAGGAUUCUCUCCACCACAUAGAAUCUGCAGUUUUGAAGAGGCAAAGGGUUUGGAUAGAAUCAAUGAGAGAAUGCCACCCCGGAAAGAUGCUGUACAGCCAGAUGGUUUCAAUUCUCUGAACACCGCACAUGCCACUGAGAACCACGGGACUGGCAACCAUAGUGCCCAGUGACCCACGGCUUCCCAGGGACUCUCACAUCUCGGGCCCCAAAUGGACAGAUUACCCGAGGAACUGGAGGGGUCAGCCAAGCUGACUAUAAAUGUCACAGUCCCUCUGGAGAAACCAUUGUGCUUUUGAGACACCAGCCCCCUUCCUGGAUGGAGGCUUGUGGGCCUUGGGAUAUGUUGUGCUAUAUGAUAAGACUGGGUCAUCGCUGCCAAGGUGGAGAGCAGUAAGCAAGGGGCCUGGGGCAAUUUCCAGUGGAGGGCCACUGCACCUCCAUAUAUGCUUGUGGUUCACACAUUUAAGUUUACAAUUGAGAUUUCUUUUUCCUUCAGUAGAAUUAGAUUUUCGUUUUCAACCAUGACUUCAAAUGCAAUCCUAAGAGCUAACGUGGACUUUUUAUUCCCCAUGAAAUGUCUUUAAAGCGUGAGUUAGCAUGGUCUUAAAAUACAUUUCUGAGGUUACUAAACUGUAUUUUGAAUUAUGGACAAAAUGCUGAGAAACCCAGUUGGCGUUUAUACAUAAUGCUGACCUCAGGUCUAUAGUUCUUAAAUGUGGCUAAUUCUGUAAUAUAGUCUUGAUAUUUUUUAAUUAUGAAUGCAUAACCUAUUUCUAGGCAGACUCUCUUACUUGAACACAAAUUCAAAAACUAAUUUAGAACCUUUUUGCCCAGAUGUUUUGAGAUUUACACAUCAGAGAUUUAAGAAGAAAACCUCUAACUUUAAAAUUUAUGAAGAAUUACAGAAUUACUCAUUUAAGAUACUUUAAAAGAAGUUUGUACAUUGUCAAAGUAAAUUUUAAUUCAAAUCAUGUCUGUAAAACUUGACGUAUUUUGUGUAUGCAUGUUUUCAUUUUGCAAAUAUUUAAUAUAUAGACCUAUGAUGUACAGGUACAACAUGUAUAGGUUACCUAGAUGUUACAAGAAAUUUUAGUUUAUUGUGAGUACUCAAGUUGCUUAAAUAGCCACCAGGGUGAUUUGCUGCUGGCUUUCUAUUAUUUUUAUGUUUUGAUGCAAAGGAAAUUUUAAAAUGUUCUGGAAGUGUUUUUGAUUAGGCAAUGCAGCAUAGAAGCAACAAUGGUUCUAUUCAAUCAUUCAGUUGUUAGUGGAGGCAUAAAAGUCAAGUCUGCAUGUUGAACAUUUUCUUUUGAUAGUCACCGAACUGCUUGGUUAAAUUAAAUGGAACCAUGUGAUAAUAUUUCACAAUUAUUGACCUGUAUUGAUUGCCACUGUAGUUUGGUAUUUCCCUUUACUUUGGUGGCCUGCUUCCCUCAUGCCCUGGAAUACAACUCAGAGCUCCAGGCAGCGGAACCAUCUAUUGUUUUGUUUGCCAGAAAGUGCACCCUGUAUGGUCUCCUGUCUAAGUUGGAAAUAUUAUGCAUGUGCAGGACUAUUUGAGUAUUUUAUAAACAGUAGCACACAAUAAAUUCCAUGCAUGGGCCGCUGCUCCUAUCUCUGUGUUGGGUUUUAUUUGGAUGUAGUCUUAUUUGACCUUCUCAUGCAUAGUUCACGGUAAUUUGAUGAAUUGAAUUCUUAUCUUGAUAAAUUUUGCUUUUUAAAAAAACUUUAGUUACACUUGUUUUACAUGAGCAAUAGUAACUGAGCACUAGAGGACUGGGUGCCUAUUAAUAGAUAGGCCUUCUAAACCUAAUAUUUAAAAUCACUAUUUCACUUUUAAUUGAAAGAAAAUCUUAUUGCCUAGAAUUUUGUUAUAGUAAUGUUGGAAAUUUAUUGGGUGUUUUAACAGUAAGAAAAAAGAUAUUAGUGAUACUGCAUUUUCCUGCCAUCAUAUUCCUUCUUUGCCAUAAUCAAAGUUAGUAUAGAAUUUUGAAAAUGGAGGGAAAUUAGGAUAUUGCUCAACAUUUUAUAAUAGUAUAAUAUAACAGCUUUAAUCACAGUUUCAACAAUAAUUAUAAUGAUACAUUUUAUAAAGCAUUCAUUUAAAUCAAAAUGUAUAUGCCCGCCUAAUUCCAGGUAGCAAACAGAACUCAAAUUGUUGACUACUACAACUUCUACGUGCUGUGAUAUUAACUUGCAUACCAGUCCAUGAGCUGCCUUUAAAGUUAUUCACACUGCCCUGACUAGCGUGGCUCAGUGAGUUGAGUGUUGUCCCGCAAACUGAAAGGUCACAAAUGCCUGGGUUGCAGGCCAGUUGGGCAUGUGCAAGUGGCAACUGAUUUAUGUUUCUCUCCAACGUUGAUGUUUCCCUCCCUCUCUUUCUCCUUCCCUUCCCCUCUGUCUAAAAAUAAAUAAAUAAAAUCUCUAAAGUUAUUCACACUGCAUACUUAAGAUUUUUCUUAAUAUUACUGUUUUAUGAGAACUAUGCAUCUCUAAAUUAGGAGCUUAGGUCUAUCACUAGGGUUAUAUAUAGUGUUUGUGGGAAUAAUGGGUAAAUAAAAUAUAAAACAUAAUUAGCAAACUAAGAAGAAUUACAUAUUCAUGAUAAAAAUUAAAAAGGAGAAAGUAAGGGAAAGGAACAGAACACAGAAAAAUGGUAUACAUGGAGAGUGGGAGAAUAUCCUGUGCCUCAUAGACCACUUCCUACCUGUUUGAAUAGGAACCUCUUCUAGUCUUUCUUCAUAACUAGUUUCACAACAAACCACAGAA